AUGUUUGCUAUGCAUGGCAGACUACAGCCUUCAAAUUAUCAUAUCUUUGCGCUAAUAUUUGUUUAUCUGUUGCUGGUAACUUCCAAGUACAAAGUAUAUGCCAACUCGGCAAAAAUUGCUUCUGCAAACCUGUUACCAUCGCAUUAUUCAGCAGCUGCUUUGUUCAGCAAAACGGUCUUUGCAUGGCUAACAAUAGCCAGCUCCGACUGGUCAUUUGGCCCUUCCAUAGCCAGUGCAUUGCCGAGAACAAAUCCUAGCUCGCCUUAUUAUUUAGCACAUUGUAUGGCUUCCUGUCUCAAUAAUGGCGAACUUGUGAAGAAAGGGCCAUUUACAUCCUGUUUCUGUGUGUGUCAACAGGGUUACUAUGGAGAGACCUGUCAGUACACUGUUGAUGAGGAAGAAAGAAGGUCCAACGUCCUCUCGCCUAGUCAUCCCAGAACGCUGCUGACAAAAAAAGAACGACGCUGGCGGAAUUCGCCUAUCCGACAGGAUUCUUAG